AUGGAUACUAUCAAAACGGUAAAAGUGGUGGUGGUUGGAGAGUCCGGGGCUGGAAAAACUGCUUUGUUGACUUCAUUCCUUGAGAAUCAUUUUGAAACCGACCCGUUGACAACUAUUGGAAUCGAUUUUAAGCACAAGAUUGUACAGCUGAAUGAUGGACAGUCUAUCCGUCUCCAACUUUGGGAUACCGCUGGACAAGAAAGAUUCCGUCAGCUAACACCAGCAUACAUCAGAAGUUCCAAAGUCGCUCUUCUAGUUCUGGAUCUUAAACGACCGCCCCGUCUAACGAACAUCAUCAAGGAAACAAAGGAUGACUACAUCGAGACAUCCGCCAAGACUAGGAAGAAUAUCAAGGAACUUUUCUCUAUGGUGGCUUGCCGUCCGUUUCCGGAGCACAAGACGAGUCAAAUAAUUUUAUUGAACGAGCCACGUCCAUCCGAAUCUGAGACAAGAAGGUGCUGUCAGAGUUCGUAA